UGCAAUUCUCCUACCUAGCAUGCCACUUUUCAAUUACUCCUAAAUUUAAAUGAAAAAAUUUUUCCCCCAAAAUUUCCCCAUCACCAAAAACCUAAUUCCAAAUUUUCCAAAACCCUUGCUAUCAAACCUCUGCAUUCUCCCUCCACAGCACAGCCGUUCUAUUCCUUUCCCCAAAUGCAAAAACCCUCUCCCUAAUUUUUGUGUAGAUCCCUGUGAUUUUUUAUUCUGAUUGUGAUUUCGAAAAUGGUGUCUGGUUCCAGAGCCGACGGCGGCGCGCAAGUUCUAUCGGCGGGCGUGCGUAGAACGAUUCAAUCGAUCAAAGAGAUUGUGGGUAACCACUCGGACGCCGAUAUUUACGUGGCUCUUAAAGAGACCAAUAUGGAUCCUAAUGAAACCACUCAAAAGUUGCUCAAUCAAGAUCCAUUCCAUGAGGUGAAGAGGAGAAGAGACAGGAGAAAGGAGAUUGCACCCUAUAAGAGCUUUGCUACACCAGAGCCUCUGAAAAUCCCUGAGCCUGCACGUAUGCAGGUGAAGAAUAGUACUUACUCCGAUCGUAAUGCUCGAAGAAGUGGUUAUAGUCGAACUACUGUAACUGGAGCAAGCCAGGAGUUUCGUGUUGUCCGAGACAAUAGAGUCAAUCAGAAUUCUAGUGCAGACUCAAAACCUGCUCAAGGUGCAAGCGAGGUGGUUAUCUCCAGCGGUUCUACCAUGAGCAGUUCAACUGAAACUUCUGGACAUCAAGAUCCUUCAGUUGGUCAGCAUUCAUCUCGGGCUCUUAAUAAUCCUGCUGUUACAAAACCGGAUCAAGCUAAGGUUGGGAAAGAAAUUCUUGGGGAGAAGCACCUCCCGAAAACAAGUGCUACAUCACGGGUGGAAACAAAGGCGAAUGGCUCUCAACCAUACUCGGCAGGUUCUUCCAGUAGUUCUGUUGUUGGUGUUUAUUCAUCCAAUUCCGAUCCAGUUCACGUGCCAUCUCCUCAUUCGAGACCCGCUGCCAAUAUUGGGGCCAUCAGGCGGGAGGUUGGAGUUGUGGGACCUCGUCGUCAGUCUUCUGACAAUUCUGCCAAGUCAUCGGCAUCUCAGAGCAACCGUUUGCCCAAUAAACAGUCAGGACGAGACGGUCAAUCACGGGAGUCAACAAGAUCAUUCAAUGAUAUAUCUAAAAGUGAACAGGCGAAUCAAAAUAUUGCACCUGUGUCUGCUGUACCUGUGAGCAAGUCUUUCGCAAGCAAUCAUCAGUAUGGUAGUAGCAGACCUCAUCAACCCACGGGUCAUCAGAAAGCUUCGCAGCCUAAUAAAGAAUGGAAGCCAAAAGCAACUGCAAAACUGGGUGCCAGUGGUCCUGGGGUUAUUGGAAGCCCUGUAAAAACUGUUUCUCCUCCUUCGGAUAAGCCAGAUAUAUUGAGAAAGGAGGAACCUCAGAUAGAAGAUAGUGUGUCACGAUUAAACGUAUCUGAAAAUCAGAAUGUGAUUAUAGCUGCACAUAUCCGUGUUUCUGAGACGGACAGAUGUCGACUGACCUUUGGCAGCCUCGGAACUGAUUUAGGUACAUCAGCAAAUUCGAUGAAUGUGGGUGCAGAAGCUCUAUCUAUCAAUCCUGCUGGAAGCGUACCCAUCUCAUCCCCAGAAUCAUCGAGAGAUGAGCAGGUUGGUGGUAGCAAGCCGUUAGAGACGAUGGAUGAUUAUGUUAGAGGUUCAGUGUCUGAUUCCCCUGCUUCUGCUGGUACAUCUGAUCAUCAACCGACUGAGAAUGAAGGGUCUUCAAUGCCCCAGGAUAUGGGUAACUAUGCCGAUUCUGGCCUAGUACGGGACAAUAGCCCAUCUUACUCCCCUGAAACACUACAGCAGCAAGACACAUCUGAACUGCCAAGCUUCUCCGUCCCCAGCACUCACACAUCAAACGUAAUUCCCGUCUCGUCAAUUGCAAUGGUUCAACAACAGCAACAGCUGGCCCAGAUGUAUCCUCAGCUUCAGUUUACCAACCUAAUGCCAUAUCGCCAGUUUGUAUCUCCAAUCUACGUGCCUCCAAUGCCUGUCCAGGGCUACUCUAAUAGCCCCGCCUAUCCUCACCCGUCUAACGGCAACGGCUAUGUGCUGAUGCCCGGUAACAGUGCCCAUCACCUAACGGCCAGCGGUGUCAAAUAUGGUGUCCAGCCGUUCAAGCCUGUGCCAGCUGGCGGGCCCACUGCUUUCGGGAGUUUCACCAGCCCGUCUGGCUAUACCAUCAAUACGGGUAAUGAUGAGCUGUCCCGGAUAAAAUAUAAAGAUAAUCUUUAUGUCCCAAACCCUCAGGCAGAGACAUCUGAAAUUUGGAUGAACCCAAGAGAACUUCAGUCGGCUUCAUAUUACAAUAUGCCGGGGCAGACACCUCAUCCCACCGGUUAUCUGACAUCACAUAGUGGUCAUCAUCAUGCUUCUUUCACAGCCCCUCAAUCUUCUCACGUGCAGUUCCCUGGUAUGUAUCACCAUCCGCCACCUCAGCCUGGGCCCAUUGCUGGGCCUCACCAUGGGGGGCCCAAUAUGGGUGGCAGUGUUGGGGUUGGUGUGGCGGCACCAAGUUCCGGGCCACAAAUGGGUGCCUACCAGCAAACUCAAUUGGGCCACCUGAAUUGGACAGGGAAUUUUUAA